GGACUUCCACGCUUUCGCCCUUUCCUCACUCAACACCUGUAAUAGAUUGGAUCUCCGCAAUGGAACACUCCAUCCUUUGAUUGGACACGAACCCAACCGUCAACCUCGCUGUCUUUUUAGGAGUCCUCUUUUCCUCACGCUAGGCGCAUCUGAUGCGUGGUGCCUUUUUUUCAUUUUACAAUAGCAUAGUUAAGAAGAGAAGGAAAGAGAUUAUAGAAUGUUAUGGCGAAUAAAGUGUGGUUUUGAACGAAUUAGGAUAUAUGGCGAUUCUUAGUUCCUUUUGCGUCUGGAAUGGCGACUUUUUUUUCGUGUUUAAGCGCCCAUUGCCCUUAAAAAGAGUAUGUUCGGAAAUCCAGAGUUUCUCUUCUUCUCGCGAGUAUGUCUUCUCCAAGUCCUAUGAAAUGGUGGUUUCAUAAUGAGGUCCAGAAUCUCCAUCUUCUGUUUGAACCCUUUCAGUUGAACGACCGAUAUCGGCUGUUUGCUGGCUACGUAUUUAUAGUCGUCGUCUGCUGGUCAGAGCGUGCGAUUACAUAUUACCUCGAUCGACUUGCUUACAGCAGAGGCAGGAUAUCGUGGAGGCUCGUCACCACUCGUACUCUACUCUUUGGUGUGGCUACGGUUUUACGGCUGUGGUAUAUGCUGAUAGCUAUGUACUUUAACACAGGCUUAUUUAUAGUCAUGGUCAUUGCACUAACUGGUGGGCAAUUUGCUGUCGAACUUCUCAAGGCAUCUUCAGCUACCACGGAAACGGUGUUUGGCAGAGGCCAAAAGAAUUUAAAUGACAGCGAGAGUCAAGCACUCGCCCCUCAGCAAUACACGUUGCCUGAAGAAUACGAAAUGGAUCACGAUGGAAAAUAAAAUUCUCUGAUUUGAUCACGCGGAUAUCGAUAUUAUUAAAAACGGGCAUUUAUCAUUGACAUUGGCAUCUCAGCCUUUCU